UGGAUCAGUUGCAUUCUGUGCACAAGAGGUGGGAAUGUUACUUCAAACCUGUUAUGAAAACAUCUACUGUUCAUUGAUUUAUUUUAUUUUUUUUUCUAGUUGCCAGUUGGGGCCACUUUUAUUAGGGUGCAUAUAACUAACUCCCAGAGAAACACUUCCCCUCCAUUUAUUUUUCUGUAUCUACUAUUAUGGAAGUUUUGAACAGGAGCCCGUAUCUGGCAAACCUGGUUAAAGCAAGCCCAAACGUGGGCCACUUAGAAUAUGAACUUUCAUGUGAACUUUACCGCAUAUCCACGUUUGCCACCUUUCCCGGUAACGUGCCAGUGUCUGAACGCAGCCUUGCUAAAGCAGGUUUCUAUUACACUGGCACGGGCGACAAAGUAAAAUGCUUUAAAUGCCCCCUCAUGCUCGAUAAUUGGAAGAGGGGGGACGACCCAGUCGAAAAGCACAAAAGACUGUAUCCAAGUUGUAGUUUCAUCCAGAAUGUACCUUCAGUAAAUCUUGGGCCUUCCUUAAACUCGGCCUUUUCCCCUCCAUCUUCUACGGGCAGUCAAGGAUAUGCUACUUGUUCCGGCUUUGGAGAUGUUGAGGUUAUUACCAAGACCUACACGAGUAUUCCUCAAGAUCCAGUUACAUCGCGAGCCGUGGUAGAUCUGACUCACUUAAAACACACAGUAGUCAACUCUGGCAUGCUAACAGAAGAAGAGAGGCUCCGCACCUUCAGCAGUUGGCCGCUGACAUAUCUGAAACCAUACGAUCUUGCCAAAGCUGGAUUUUACUUUGUGGGCCCUGGUGAUAAAGUUGCUUGUUUUUCGUGUCACGGGAAGCUAAACAACUGGGAACCAAACGAUAAUGCCAUGUCCGAGCAUCGCAAGCAUUUUCCCGAGUGCCAGUUUGUGAAGAACAGUGCAAAUGCCUCCUCCACUUACAGUGUUUCAAAUGUCAGCAUGCAGACGUGCUCCUCUCGUCUCAAAACGUUUAUUAGUUGGCCUUCCAGAAUUCCUGUGCCUCCCAAGAAACUAGCUGAAUCUGGAUUUUAUUAUGUUGGUCGAAAUGAUGACGUCAAGUGCUUUUGCUGCGAUGGUGGGCUCAGAUGCUGGGAGUCUGGAGAUGACCCUUGGGUUGAGCAUGCCAAAUGGUUUCCAAGAUGUGAAUACUUGCUGCAAAUAAAAGGCCAACGUUUUGUUCAGGAAAUUCAGGAAAAAUAUCCACAUCUUCUUGAUCAGCUUCUUUCAGCUUCAGACAUACAAAACAGUGAAACACAGCACCCGCCUAUUAUCCGUUUGGGAGUUGAGUCGAGUGCGGAAGAUGAGAUGUUGAUGAGUUCGGAAAUGGUGCAGUCAGCACUUGAGAUGGGCUUUGAUAGAAGACUAGUCCAGCAGACCAUAAAAAGUAAAAUGUUAACAACUGGAGAGAACUACAACGAUCUUGAAGUCCUGAUAACCGAUUUACUGAAAGCCCAAGAAGAGCAAACAGAAGAGGAUCGUGACAGGCAGGCAGAAGAAAGCACUUCAGAUGAAAUAAUUUUGCUCAGAAGAAGCCGCCUUGCUUUGUCCCACUGCUUGAACAGUCUGCUUCUAAUUCUGAACGACCUGCUUUCAGCGGAUGUUCUAACUCCUUCCGAGUACGAAUCCAUAAAACAGAAGACUCCGUCGGCUGUGCAGGUGCUGGGCUUGAUCGACAUUGUCCUUGCAAAAGGAAGCAGCGCAGUCGUAGCAUUCAAAAACACUCUGAAGGCAAACGAUCCAAACAUUUUCAGAGAAUUGUACCUGGAACAAUCUUUAAAAUCAUCAGAUGACUGUUCAGAUUUGUCUAUGGAAGAACAGUUAAGAAGACUUCAGGAAGAAAGAACCUGUAAAAUCUGCAUGGACCAAGAGGUCUCCAUAGUGUUCAUCCCCUGCGGCCAUUUGGUGGUCUGUAAGGAUUGUGCUCCCUCUCUCAGAAAGUGCCCAAUCUGCAGAGGCACAAUUAAAGGCACAGUUCGGACAUUUCUUUCAUAAACCGGGACAGCGUGUAUGCAUAAAUCAUAACAAUGUUUAAAACUAUUGUCUGACAAAAUGUAAAUGUACUGUUAAACACCAGGACCCGCGCCUGUGUAAUAUUUAUGAUUUCCACUUAAAUAUUAAACAUUUGCAAGUGAAAA